AUGGCAAACAAAAGAAUACGAAAGCUAAUACAAAAUAGCCAAAGACGAUCUACGAGAGAAGAAUCGAGUAAUAGAGGAGUUGAUCAUGAAAAUGAAUCACAAGAUACAACAUCUCAUUCACCAUUAGAGCUACAAAAUGAGGAGGUUAAUGAGCAAGAUGAAAAUGAGAUCAUGUCUUCAUCCCAAGCUCAGAAAAGAAAACGUGGCAAGACUAUUAUGAGAUAUAUUCAUGCAUUACAUCCCGAUCAUAUGCUGGUAGUGAAAUUCAAUGAAAGGGAACAGCCUUACGGUGAUCUACAACCGACUCUUGCAAAUUUUAUUGGGACUAUUGCACGGAAUGGAGUUGUGUUGCCCCUGAGCUUUUUAGAUUGGAGAAAAAUGCCGACAAAUCGCUUGAAUGAUGCAUGGAAACUUGUUACUGCACGUUUCUGUAUCUCCAAUUGCCAUAGAAGAGUUAUAAUGCAAAUGAUGGGGGCUGCGUGGAGAAGGUGGAGGACCGAAGUGAAAGCUACAUCUUAUGAUUCAAAUACUCCACUAGAAGAGCUUGUUGCAAUACAACCCAUUCCUCAUGGCUUGACACUUCAAACAUGGGAAGUUUUAUGUAACUAUUGGAAGUCUACCGAGUCUCAAGAAAAUGGAAGAAAAUCGAGUCGUAUUGAAAUACAACAAUUGAGUCGAAGAAGUAGAAAGAAAGGAGGCGCCCUUAUUGAUAACGAGGAAAUACGAAUUGAGGUUGCUAUUGAAGGUUGGAGCAAAUGCCUUUUGUCGCUUGAAGCAAAUGUCUUUUGA